ACACACACACACACACACAUAUAUAUAUAUAUAUAUAUAUAUAUAUAUAUAUAUAUAUAUCCCCUUCAAUCUCUCAAAAUUUAAUCGUCCCCCUCUCUCGCGUCUCUGCUUCAAAACUUCCAACAAUUAACAAACCCAAAAUGUCAAGAUCAAUGGUGGAACUUGAUUUCUUUGGUAUGAAGAAACAGACCACUCCCAAAUCUACGGCUCAGAAUAAGCUCCUUCAUCGCGGAAGAAGCUUUCGUGAUAUUCAGGGUGUGAUUUCGAAGUUGAAUCCUGAGCUUCUCAAGACAGUGAUUGAAUGUGGCUCCGUGAACCAGAGCUUGGCUGGGAAAUCGUCUCAUAAUGCCAACAAGUCGUUUUCGGUUCCGUCGACUCCGAAAGAUGAUCAAUCUCUCUUUCCUGCUUUGCCUGUUUAUACUCCUACCUUCAGGCCCAAUUCUUGCUCUGAAGGCGUUCCUCUGACAAUUUUCUACAAUGGAACCGUGGCUGUUUUCGAUGUCCCUCGAAACAAGGCUGAGAAUAUCUUGAAACUUGCCAAGAAAGGAGUCUCCAAAGCUGUUGAAUCAUCAGAUUCGAAACUUAUGGAGACACUCAACAAUGGAGAUCUACCAAUCGCAAGGAGGAGGUCAUUGCAGAGCUUCUUAGAGAAGCGCAAAGAGAGGCUGACUUUGGCUUCACCAUAUCGUUCUCCCACAGAAUAUGCAUUUUUGGUCCACAAUACUUCCGGACCUAAACAAUAGAUAAAAAAAAAAAAAAAUGGGGUAGAGAGAGAUAUGGAUAGAUGGAGUAGAGAUCAGGAAGGGGUGGGCUUACUUCGUUUAUUGUUUGAAUGAAGGCACAAACAAUUUGCAUCAAGGCUUGGCUGCACUGUGUCUUGGUGGUGUCUGUGUAUAGCGUGAAGUACUUAAAUUUUUAAAGCAGAGUUGUGGCAUGUAGAACGCAUUAUUUCAAUGGUUGUUAGUAGCUUUACGGAGUGGACAAGGAUCCUCUCCAGCAUUGGAUAUCUCCUACAUAGAAUUUAAUCUCACCCACUGAAUUCUAUGCAGAAGAGGUCCAGCGCUAGAGAGGAUCCUUGUCUCUACUGAGUAUUGCUGAUCCUUCGGUGACUGAAACCUAUGUGCUGCGACAGACAAUAUUGAGGACUGUCAAUUGGAGUUUCUCUAUAAUUGAGUUCGAAAUGAAUGCUCAAGCUGUGGUUCUGAGUGGUUAACGGAAAACAAUUUUGUCCUUUACACUUGCUGGUGUAUGGAGGACAUUAUUUCUUGUUUAAAGACUCAUCCGUUGUUCAAAGUGCACUUUGCAGAUCAAAGCUAAUGUAUGUUUGUUGUGGAAUUGGAUUAUAACACUUUGAUUUAUGUACUUUUCUUUUAAAAAAAAAAAAAAUAUGAAAAGAAAAGAAAAA